AUACUUAUUAAUGCUAAUUCAGUUUUAAAGGCUGUUAAAAGACUGCACUUUGAUUUGUCACAGUAGAUGAAUACUGCUCAUAUUUUUAUUGCUAGUGGAUUACUUUAAAAAGAAAAGAUUUUAAAAAGUGUUUAAGUGCAUUUCGACACAAGUACAAAUCCCUGCUGUUUUCCUAUGUUCUUCAUAUCUGAUUAUAAAUACUACUCCCCACAUAAAGUAAUUCAGAAGUGAGGACUUAAAAAUAAAUUAUCAACACCGACGCUUUGUGUAAAUAAAUACAUACUAAGAAGAACAUGCCACUAGAUCUAGCAUUUGACUCUUUGGGUGACGAUGAAUUUCAAUGCCUGUUAUUUGUCAUGCUGAAGCCUGUCGGGCGAUGAUUCUUUCUAUUGGUGUAUCCUUCCAAACAUAUUUCAUCGCGCCAUGUGCACGGGACUUCUUUGGACGAGUGUGUUGGACCUGGGUGCCCCUCUCCCAGUCGCUCGCCUCCUUUCUCGCCCUGGCGCUCUCGCCUCCCCCUGCCUGCAGCCCCCUCGCGCUCCGGUCGGCUCACGCCCCCCUCCUCUCUCUCCAGCUGGUGGCGGGGGCUGCGCUGCCUCCCAGACCUCGCGGACUUGCUCAGUCAGCUGCGGCCCCCUGCGGACGGCUGCCUCCCUCGCCGCUAGGACCUGCCACUCUGCGCGGAAUGGCAGCGGCAGCAGCAUCCCCGCCAGCGGCUGUGGCGGCGACAGCCACGGCCACCGCAGACGCUAUUGUUCCCCGGUGUUAAACGCGUUUUCCCUCCUUUUCAUCCUACACGAACAAUAGCUGGGAAGAGCUUUGCUUUCUGUACUCCUUAGGAAGACGUUCCGAGGGGGAAGGAAGAUUCCCUGCCGGCUGCGUCCCGGAUCCGGACCCUGGAGCGGCUGCGGGCAGCAUGGGGCUGCGAGCGAGGAGCUUGGCGUCCCGGAGCCCGGGCGCUGCGGGCCCGCGCCCGGCCGUCCUGCCGCUGCUGCUGCUGCUGCUGCUGCUGCUGCGCCCGGGCGCCCACGGGGCUGCGGCGCCGGGCGAGGCGGAGGCACCCACCCUCUAUCUGUGGAAGACUGGUCCGUGGGGCCGGUGCAUGGGAGACGAAUGUGGUCCAGGAGGCAUUCAAACCCGGGCUGUGUGGUGUGCUCACGUGGAGGGCUGGACAACAUUACAUACGAACUGUAAGCAGCCUGAGAGACCCAGUAACCAGCAGAAUUGUUUCAAAGUCUGUGACUGGCACAAAGAGUUGUAUGACUGGAGGCUGGGACCCUGGAAUCAGUGUCAGCCUGUGAUUUCUAGAAGCCUGGAGAAACCCCUGGAGUGUGUUAAGGGGGAAGAAGGCAUUCAGGUGAGAGAGAUAACGUGCAUCCAGAAGGAGAAAGACAUCCCUGCAGAUGAUAUCAUUUGUGAGUACUUUGAGCCCAAGCCUCUCCUGGAACAGGCCUGCCUCAUCCCCUGCCAGCAGGACUGCAUUGUGUCUGAGUUUUCGGCCUGGUCGGAAUGCUCCAAGACCUGCGGCAGUGGGCUCCAGCACCGGACCCGUCACGUGGUGGCACCCCCCCAGUUUGGAGGCUCCGGCUGCCCAAACCUGACGGAGUUUCAGGUGUGCCAGUCCAGUCCCUGCGAAGCCGAGGAGAGCAUGUACAGCCUGCAGGUGGGUCCCUGGAGCACAUGCUCCACGCCCCACUCGAGACAAGCAAGGCAGGCGAGGAGACGCGGGAAAAAUAAAGAACGGGACAAGGACCGGGGAAAAGGAGUGAAGGAUCCGGAGGCCCGUGAACUAAUUAAGAAAAAGAGAAACAGAAACAGACAGAACCGACAGGAGAACAAAUAUUGGGACAUCCAGAUUGGAUAUCAAACCAGAGAGGUUAUGUGUACGAACAAGACGGGGAAAGCUGCUGAUUUGAGCUUUUGCCAGCAAGAGAAGCUGCCAAUGACCUUCCAGGCCUGUGUGAUCACCAAAGAGUGCCAGGUGUCGGAGUGGUCUGAGUGGAGCCCCUGCUCCAAAACAUGCCACGACAUGACAUCCCCUAAGGGCACCCGUGUGAGGACACGGCUCAUCAGGCAGUUUCCUAUUGGCAGCGAGAAGGAGUGUCCAGAACUUGAGGAAAAAGAACCCUGUGUGUCUCAAGGAGAUGGAGUUGCCCCCUGUGCCAUGUACAGCUGGAGGACUACAGAGUGGUCCGAGUGCCGUGUGGACCCUCUGCUCAGUCAGCAGGACAAGAGACGGGGCAACCAGACGGCACUCUGUGGUGGAGGGGUGCAGACUCGAGAGGUGUACUGUGUGCAGGACAACGGGAACCUCUUCUCACACUUAAACACCAACAAGGACAAAGAAGCCUCAAAACCAGUGGAUAUGAAGUUAUGCACCGGUCCUAGCCCUAAUACUACACAGCUGUGCCACAUCCCCUGUCCUAUUGAAUGUGAAGUUUCACCUUGGUCUGCUUGGGGACCUUGUACUUAUGAAAACUGUAAUGACCAACAGGGCAAAAAAGGAUUCAAACUGAGGAAGCGACGCAUUACCAGUGAGCCCACUGGAGGCUCUGGGGGCACCGGGAAUUGCCCUCACUUACUGGAAGCCAUUCCCUGUGAAGAGCCCUCCUGCUAUGACUGGAAAGCAGUGAGGCUCGGAGACUGUGAACCAGAUAACGGAAAGGAGUGCGGUCCAGGCACUCAAGUUCAAGAGGUCGUGUGCAUCAACAGUGACGGAGAAGAAGUUGACCGACAGCUAUGCAGAGAUGCCAUCUUCCCCAUCCCUGUUGCCUGCGAUGCCCCUUGCCCCAAGGACUGUGUGCUCAGCAUGUGGUCUGCGUGGUCCUCUUGCUCCCACACCUGCUCAGGGAAAACCACAGAAGGAAAACAGAUACGAGCACGGUCCAUCCUGGCUUAUGCAGGUGAUGAAGGUGGAGCUCCCUGUCCAAAUAGCAGUGCUUUGCAAGAGGUGCGCAGCUGUAACGAGCAUCCCUGUACUGUGUACCACUGGCAAACUGGUCCCUGGGGCCAGUGCAUCGAGGACACCUCGGUAUCAUCCUUCAACACCACCGCAACUUGGAAUGGGGAAGCCUCUUGCUCUGUUGGCAUGCAGACAAGAAAAGUCAUCUGUGUGCGGGUCAAUGUGGGCCAAGUGGGACCCAAAAAGUGUCCUGAAAGCCUUCGACCUGAAACAGUGAGGCCCUGUCUGCUUCCUUGUAGGAAGGACUGUGUUGUAACCCCGUAUAGUGACUGGACAUCAUGCCCUUCCUCAUGCAGAAAAGGGGACUCCGGAAUCAGGAAGCAGACUCGGCACCGGGUCGUCAUUCAGCUGCCAGCCAACGGAGGCCGGGACUGCACGGACCCUCUCUAUGAAGAGAAGGCCUGCGAGGCCCCUCAAGUGUGCCAAAGCUACAGGUGGAAGACUCACAAGUGGCGCCGGUGCCAGUUAGUCCCCUGGAGCGUGCAGCAGGGCAGCCCUGGAGCACAGGAAGGCUGUGGACCCGGACGGCAGGCUAGAGCCAUUACUUGUCGAAAGCAAGAUGGAGGCCAGGCUGGCGUCUAUGAGUGCCUCCGGUAUGCAGGCCCCGUGCCAGCCCUCACCCAAGCCUGCCAGAUCCCCUGCCAGGACGACUGUCAGUUUACCAGCUGGUCCAAGUUUUCUUCAUGCAAUGGGGACUGUGGUGCAGUUAGGACCAGAAAGCGCACUAUUGUUGGAAAAAGUAAAAAGAAGGAAAAAUGUAAAAAUUCUCAUUUGUACCCAUUGAUUGAGACUCAGUACUGUCCCUGUGACAAGUAUAAUGCACAGCCUGUGGGGAACUGGUCAGACUGCAUUUUACCAGAAGGAAAAGUGGAAGUGCUGCUGGGAAUGAAAGCACAAGGAGACGUUAAGGAGUGUGGUCAGGGGUAUCGUUACCAGGCAAUGGCAUGCUACGAUCAAAAUGGCAGGCUCGUGGAGACCUCCAGGUGUAACAGCCAUGGUUACAUUGAAGAGGCCUGCAUCAUCCCCUGCCCCUCAGACUGCAAGCUCAGCGAGUGGUCCAACUGGUCUCGCUGCAGUAAGUCCUGUGGGAGUGGCGUGAAGGUCCGGUCUAAAUGGCUGCGAGAAAAACCUUAUAAUGGAGGAAGGCCGUGCCCCAAACUGGACCACGUCAACCAGGUGUAUGAGGUCGUCCCUUGCCACAGCGACUGCAGCCAGUACAUAUGGGUCACGGAACCGUGGAGCGUCUGCAAGGUGACCUUCGUGAACAUGCGGGACAACUGUGGAGAGGGCGUGCAGACCCGGAAAGUGAGAUGCAUGCAGAACACAGCGGAUGGCCCUUCUGACCAUGUAGAGGACUACCUCUGUGACCCAGAAGAGAUGCCCCUGGGCUCUAGAGAGUGCAAAUUACCAUGUCCUGAGGAUUGUGUGAUAUCCGAAUGGGGCCCAUGGACCCGAUGCACUUUGCCUUGCAAUCAAAGCAGUUUCCGGCAAAGGUCAGCUGAUCCCAUCAGACAACCUGCUGAUGAAGGAAGAGCCUGCCCCAAUGCUGUUGAGAAGGAACCCUGUAACCUGAACAAAAACUGCUUCCACUAUGAUUAUAAUGUAACAGACUGGAGUACGUGUCAGCUGAGUGAGAAGGCAGUUUGUGGAAAUGGCAUGAAAACAAGGAUGUUGGAUUGUGUUCGAAGUGAUGGCAAGUCGGUUAACCUGAAGUACUGUGAAGAGCUUGGCCUGGAGAAGAACUGGCAGAUGAACGCGUCCUGCAUGGUGGAAUGUCCCGUGAACUGUCAGCUUUCUGACUGGUCUCCUUGGUCACAGUGUUCUCAAACAUGUGGCCUCACAGGAAAAAUGAUCCGAAGACGAACAGUGACCCAGCCCUUCCAAGGUGAUGGCAGACCAUGCCCUGCCCUGAUGGAACAGUCCAAGCCUUGCCCAGUGAAGCCCUGUUACCAGUGGCAAUAUGGCCAGUGGUCUCCAUGCCAAGUGCAGGAUGCCCAGUGUGGCGAAGGGACCAGAACAAGGAACAUUUCUUGUGUAGUGAGUGAUGGGUCGGCUGAUGAUUUCAGCAAAGUGGUGGAUGAAGAAUUCUGUACUGACAUUGAACCCAUUAUAGAUGGUAUUAAAAAAAUGGUUCUUGAAGAAACCUGCACCCAGCCUUGCCCAGGUGACUGUUAUUUGAAGGACUGGUCUUCGUGGAGCCUGUGUCAGCUGACCUGUGUGAAUGGGGAGGACCUAGGCUUCGGUGGGAUACAGGUCCGUUCCAGAGCGGUGAUUAUCCAAGAACUAGAAAAUCAACAUCUCUGCCCAGAGCAGAUGUUAGAAACAAAAUCAUGUGAUGAUGGGCAGUGUUAUGAGUAUAAAUGGAUGGCUAGUGCUUGGAAGGGCUCUUCCCGAACAGUCUGGUGUCAAAGGUCAGAUGGAGUAAAUGUAACAGGGGGCUGCUUGGUGGUGCGCCAGCCUGAUGCUGACAGGUCUUGUAACCCACCGUGUAGUCAGCCCUACUCGUACUGCAGCGAGACGAGGACGUGCAGUUGUGAAGAAGGGUACACUGAAGUCAUGUCUUCCAAUGGUACACUUGAGCAGUGCACGCUUAUCCCCGUGGUGGUGAUGCCCACUGUGGAGGACAAAAGAGGAGAUGUGAAAACCAGUCGGGCAGUACAUCCAACCCAGCCCUCCAGUAACCCAGCAGGACGGGGAAGGACCUGGUUUCUGCAGCCAUUUGGGCCAGAUGGGAGACUAAAGACCUGGGUUUACGGUGUAGCAGCUGGGGCAUUUGUGUUACUCAUCUUCAUUGUCUCCAUGAUUUAUCUAGCUUGCAAAAAGCCAAAGAAACCCCAAAGAAGGCAAAACAACCGACUGAAACCUUUAACCUUAGCCUAUGAUGGAGAUGCAGAUAUGUAAACUGUUAACUUACCCCACAACAACAGGUUUCAGCUUUCUGCCUUUGCUGUAGAUACCCAGAGGCCAAAAAGCUAUUCAAACUGUGGGGAUUAAAAUGCAUUUUAACUUUUUAAAAGAUCAUCAUAAAGAAAAGAGUGAAAAUCACAGUGCCAUUGAAGAUAUCAAGACAGUACCACUUACAAAGAAACCAUCAGCCCUGAGAAUUCUAGGAGAUUUAGUUCAAUACAUGCUGCAUUCUGAGAGUUUUAUGAGAUCUUUUCUGAAAUCUACCAACUGACAGUUCACCUUCGUCUCUAAAAUACGGUGGUCGAAUUGGCCAGGUAGGAUGCCUGAUGCAAGCCUCUGUCUGCAGUGUUAACCCAUAGUAAGAUUUUCGCAUGAAGAGUUUAUACCAAGAUCUCUACACUACUAUAGCCAGAUAUAACAACAUAUAUACUCAAUUGAAUGAUACACAUUAUUAUGUCAGAUCAUAUACUUGUUAAUAAGCAAUUUUAAUGGUGAAUAAAGAUAAGCUCUAAACUGAGCAGAAAACCCACUGAAUAAAUUCAGCAUCUUGGUGAUAGUUUCACUGACCUGCAUUUCAGAGGCAAAGACCCUUUUAUAAGACUUAAUUCUUGUCUCUCUCCGAAGUAUGAAUGCUGGACAUGUACUAGUAUCUUAGAAGAGUCCUCAAGUUCAGUAUUUUAUAGUGGUUAUUGUCUGGAAAAUUAAUUUGCUUGUAUUAAUACGUUUCUACUUUCCCUAAUUUUCAAACUGGUUGCCUGCAUCUUUUUUGCUACAUGGAAGGCACAUUUUUGCACUAUAUUAGUGCAGCAUGAUGGGCACUUAACCAGUAUUGCCAUAGAAACUGCCUCUUUUCAUAUGGGAUGAAGACAUCUGUGCUCAGAGUGUCAUGGAGACAUGUACAAGUUCUUGUGUCCUGAAGAGAGUCGAGUUCAUUUGGGAUGGCGACAGGACAGAGUUAACUAUGACAUCUGCUGUCCACACCCUUCCUCAUUGCUGCAGUAACUGUGAAAUCAACAAUAUGGCGGUAAUUUAAGUGUUUAAGUCCCGAACUCAUUUACUCUCCAAGGUGGAUCCCACUAUUUGGUUUUUAAUUGUACUCUGAAGGGUGUUGAUGACUGGAAUUUUAUAUUUGUUAGCUUUGUUAAAAAAAGAAAAGAAAAGAAAAAAAGGAGCUGGUUGUCUUUUUAAUUUUGAGCAGAUGGAGAAAAUAAUGUAUUGAUGAUUUUUGUAACUAAAAGAAAUCAAAAUUGUGUGUUGAUUUUUCCUUCUCCCCGCUUUGUUUUUCUAGUUUCAGAUCAAAUCUAUUUCAAAAUCCAUAGUUUUGUCUUUCUCACUAGUGAAAUUUGAAGCAAGCCUUUUUAAUGCAUGAUUUCAAAACUAGAAUUUUAAAAAGAGAAGAAUCACUAUUUUGUCCAGGGCUUCAUUAAAUAUCUAGACCAAGGGUGGCACACUUUCUCUGUAAAGGGUCAGAUGGUCAAUAUUUUCAGCCAGGUCUGUGUUGCAACUUUCUCUGCCACUGUGAGAACACCCCCUAGACAAUACACAAUACAGUAUGUAGAAGAAUGAGCAUGGCUGUUUUCCAGUAAAACAAACAAACAAAAAAAGUCAGCAGACCUCAUUAGCAAGUUGUGGUUUGCUGGUCGCUGGUCUAGAAGUUUUUUCAGUGCUGACUCUCCAUGUGUCAUCUUGAGUUUUCGUUCACUUACCCUCCAAUCAGUGUUUAAUUUCAAAGAUGAAAAACAGUCAUUAAAUUUACCACUGUAUCGGAAGCAGCUUCAUUUUUCACAGACAUAGCCCUGGGAAUGGCACAGUGAAAUGGUAUCUAACUUGGUCAACCUCUUUCACAUGAAAAGAAAAUUCAAAAGGUGCCAUUAAAAAGCAAUACCAUUUUUCAGGCAACAUUUCCUGCAACAACCUUUGGGAGCAGGGAGGACAUUAGGUUUUCAGGUCUUUAAAAAAUAGUAUCACAAGGUGUUUUAUCUUGUUGCUAUAAAAGUGGUUUGUACUAGAAAGUAUUUUACCUUUAUACUAGAGUCUGAACUCCUCCUACUGUUCAGUAGAGUAUCUGCAAUGAUUAUAAAAAAUGAGAUGAGGAUGUCAGUGUCCCCCAAAUGAACAGAUAUCUGAAUAUUUCAAUAUGCAUUAAAGAUGGCAAGCACUAAUUCCUUAUUCAAUAGUCACUGUAUUAAACUAUGUAUAAAUAAUUUCAAAGCAAACAGAUUGUCAGCAACAUGAAAAUUGUACCUUAAAGGAAAAGCAUAAAAACAAAUUCCAUUUCAUCCGUCUUAUUAAUGAGGAGGACAAAAAUAAUACUGUCACCCUAAACCUGUGAUUGUCAAUAUAUAUACUCAGGGGUCUUCCACAUAAUCCUCAAGUUGAUCUCUGAAUAAAAUGAACUCCAUUUGUCCAAAAUGGUUGACAAAGAGUCUUUUGCAGUUACUUAAGAACUCAGCUAAUGUAUGCCAUGCCACAGCCACUACCCUUGAAAUUGUUGACUGGAAUAAAAUAUUGUUACUACUUCUAUACUUUCGCUACUGUAAAAUGUCAUCAAUUCCAAAGGCAACUCAGUAUCAUCUGACCUAUAUUGUUAGAAUUAAAUGAAUUAAUGGGUGAAAAUUAUAAAAUAUUAAGAAAAUGCAAGAUUUUUUAUUCAUAAAUUGAUUACCUUUUACAACAUUACAUAUAUGGAGGAAAUGAGGUUCAAUGUGACCUGACACUAAGGAGCAUAUUGGAAGUUCAUUAGGAUAAAUACACACUGGAUGGCCUCUUGUUAGAAAGGUACAGGGAGGUGAAGGUAGCUAGCUGACUAUUUUGGACAAAUGGAGGUUCCUAUAUUCAUGCUUAUUCUAACAUGAAAAUGGCCUUAUUUUUGUUCCUGGCAUGAGUCAAUAACAAGUUAAAUACUGGAAUUUCAUCAGAAUCUUACUCCUCCUGUUCAUUGUAAGAAUUCGGGAGGGGAAUGUAGCAGUAACUUGUCUGUUGACACUUUUGCCUUACCAAAAUGGUCUGUGAGCUCACAAAGAUUAAGAAUUACUGUUCUCUAAAUAUGCAGGUCUGCUUGGUUUAAGAAGAAAAAAGAAAUGAAAAAUAUUGACAAUAGUUUUACACUGUUUGGUUGGACUGUUUCAAUAUAAACCAUAAAUAAGUGGCUAACUGAUCUCUCCUCAAAGUGGUUGAUUUGCUCGUUCAUCAAUACCCAGUCUAGGAAAUUGACCAUAAUCCUUAUUUCAAAGCUGUUCUGAGGACCCUACAUUGUAGCUUAAAGAUAAUUUGAAAAGCAGUGCAUAAAAGCACGUUCUUAAUUACUUAUAAUAAAGCACAAAGUACUUAUAACAAGACAGAAACUAUUACGUUAUCCCAUGUGAGACACUCUGCCAGGCACUGUAAAGUAUGAGCAGUGGCUUUUGUUUCCAUAUGUACCUAAGACAUUGAAAAGAAGAGAAUGUUUAGUGAUGACACACACGUAACUCUUCACUCUAGAUUUGUUUUUCAUCGUGGUUAGUAUUUUUCCUUACAUGAUGUCCAUGUCCCUGGCCACGCUGUUAGGCUUUGGCCACAUCGUUCAGGCAGGUGGCAAUUGUCAUAGUGUCUUAAGCAGAACCCUCUUAAGUUCCUGGACAUUUCAAGAUAAAAUCACUCAUUUAAGACUUUACAGGAAGCACAUAACACCUCUCAUUUUUUUUAACUUCCUCUAACACCCUAUAUAUCCUUGCUCCUUGAUGAUGAAUUUCUCUGCUUACUCUGCUCUCUUAACAACUAAUCUUGUCUGCUUCCCCCAGAACCACCUACUAAGCAUGCCUAAAUUUUUAAUAAGGAAGAGUUGAAUACCUAUAUGUCCUUCCUACUGGAGUCAAAGUGUCACUUAGACAGUGAACAUUUUUGAUUUAAACAGAAUGUACUGGUCAAAGACACAAGCCAAAAAGAAACGAAAGCUGUGGAAGACAUGCCAAAAGGAAAAAGAAAAAAAAAAAAAAAAAAAGACGUCUUCCGUAAAACUGUCGAUUCGUACCUUAGA